CACCCACCUGGUUGCUUGCCUGGCCUUGGCAAUGGAGAGAUUUUGCCAAGGGAGAGUGGACACGGCCGCUGGUCUUCUUGCCACACACCACAUGGAAGAGGAAGAAGGGCUUGUGUCCAUGGUGAUACCUCCGCUACAGACUCCCAUGGAGCCUAUGGAGUACCUCUCGAGGUCAUGGAGCGUGUCAGCCGAGGAGAUAUCCAAAGCUCUCCUGCUCAGCGGGAGCAAUAAGAGGACCUUCUUUGCCGCCACGGAUCGUCUCAUGCCGCAGCUGCCACAGAUGGCGGCCAUAACGGAGACGGAGACCCCCGCGCUCGUCGUCGUCCCGGUCUCCGCUUCCAGUCAUCAUCAGUUUCAGCAGCAACAUCUAGAUGCAACAAGGAACUCCAUCAGUUGCCACCACCAGCACGCAAACUCGGUAAGCAGAUGGUUCCGACGGAAGGAGACUACGAGACGGGCCAAGUGUGGAAGAAAAGAGAAGGCACGAGCCGACAAGGCUCAUGUGCACGCCAUGGUCUCUGUGGCCCGAGUGUCCGCCGCAGUUGCUGCAGUCACUGCAGCCACCAGUUUUGACAACCAGAACUCCAAGAUAGCUGCAGCUAUGGCGUCAGCCACCGAGCUACUAGCUUCACACUGUGCUGAGGUAGCACAGAUUGCAGGGGCAGGUCAUGAACAGGUGUCCUCUGCUGUCCGAUCUGUGGUUGAUGUCGCAAGUCCAGGUGAUCUGAUAACACUCACAGCGGCAGCGGCGACUGCUUUGAGAGGAGCUGCAACACUGAACAAGAGGGUCCAGCUUGAGACGAGAAGCAAUGCAAGUGUCCUUCCUUGUGAGAAGGCACCUUCGUGGAGCCCUGAUAUCUGGUGCAAGGAAGGGAAGCUGCUCAAACGCACAAGAAAAGGGAAUUUACACAAGAGAUGGGUAUCAAUCUACAUUAACAAAAGGUCACAGGUCAUAUUGAAGUUGAAGAGCAAACAUAUUGGAGGUGCGCUAUCAAAAAAUAACAAAAGUGUUGUAUAUGGGGUAUACAGUGAUCUGCCAGAAUGGACAGAGCCAGGGCAAAGUUCACCAGAGACAUGCUGCUUUGGCUUGAGUACAGCACAAGGCCUUGUUGAGUUUAAGUGUCAGAGCAGCACCAACAAGCAGAAUUGGGUUCAUGGUGUGCAAAACCUGCUCCAGCAGGUUGAUGUAGCCGAUCAAGUAGGACACAGGCUAGAAACACUAAAACUCAACUGGCGCGGUUAGUACAUGAAUUCAAAUUUUGCAGGACAGAGGGUGUUUUACAUGAAUCCAAGCAAGGCAUGUGCUUUGCAGUAUCAAUGUAUGCAAUAAACAUCAAAUUAUUUUUUGGCCAGGUAGUUUUUUAUCUAAAGGAAUGGUUGCACAAAUAGUAUGUAGUACUACAUACUAUUUAUUCUCAUAACUUUGACCGCACUGACCUAAUGGCUGAAUGUGGAUAUAUUAAUAAAUGAAUAACUUAUUGCUAAUUUUGGAAAAAUAAUAGACAUCAAAUAACCCAUUACAAAAAAA